AAAUUUCAGCGUAUGAAUAUAUAUUUAAAUACAUCUUCGACACAUUCAUUACCAGGUGUUGUGAAAUUUCAGCGUAUGUAUAUAUAAUUAAGAAAAACCACCCUUACAUUAAAGUUACAUAGAUAAUACACAGGUAUAUUGAGAUUUGAUUGUAUACAAUGGCUUGCUUCCGUGAGAAUAAAGAGGAGAACAUUCAGUUUGACAGCGAGAAGAUGCGCCAGGAACUACAGGAAAAUGGGUAUGCUGUGAUCCCUAACCUAUUGACCUCAGAAGAAUGCGACAGACUGACGUCACAAUUCAGAGACUGGGUGGCGGAGUUUGAUGAUAGUUACAUCCCCCUUCAGAAGAAGUCCUCGGUUAUCCAAUCCUACAGAUGUGGACAUUUUGAGCCGAGUUGGGAGGUACGCCUGAGGGCCAAGAAAAUUUUCCAGGAAGUGUGGGGAACAGAAAAAUUGCUCUCCAGCAUUGAUGGAAUUGCGAUUUCUAAACCACCAGAAAAUAAAAGGGAAUACAGAGACAUUCAUAAGGACUGGCUGCAUCUUGACCAAGGGAUUCGCAGAGAGGGUCUUCACGCUUAUCAAGGCGCUGUUUACCUGGAGGAACAAACCCGAGAUGACUACUGUUUCCGAGUGCUCUCGAAGUCUCAUCUUUACCACUCGGAAUUUUUCAAGACGUUUCCAAACGCAGUAACUAAAACAGAGUGCACCGAUUUUUACAAAUUGAAUAACAACGAGAAAGAUUUCUUUUUCAAAAAUGGAUGUACUUUCGAAUGUGUUCCGGUGCCUAAAGGAGGGAUAGUUUUAUGGGAUUCUCGGACGGUUCAUGAUAAUACUCCUCCGGUAUCGGAAAGACCGAAUCACGAUAGGUGGCGCUUUGUCGUCUUUGUAAGUAUGACGCCUGCAAUAUGGGCGGGUGAAAAAGACAUCGAGUUCAAACAAGAUGUGUACAGGCGGAUGCUGCUAACAUCGCACUGGUCAUCCCAGGGGCUCAAGACAUUCAAAGAAUAUAAAGUUGGUAACUGGAAAAAGCGAGCAAAUAUAAGCAUUGAUUAUUUACCGGAUAUUGCAAGAAAACAGGAAGCCAAAUUGUUAGCUGGAGUCGAGCGAUAUGAUUUCAAUGAUGGAACCCCAAAUGGGCCAGACGCACCGAAAUGGAGAUUUGGCAUUUAUUGAAAUUUCCUUUUCCUUGGCUUAAAUAAUAUCGGAUGUUUAAAAAAUUGACAGAGUUGUUGU